GGCGCCUGGGGGAGCCGCGGGAGCCUCGGGGAGCCGCGGCCCGCGCCCUGCGCCGCCGCCGCCUGCUCGCUUCCUCCGGGUUCUCAGCUCCGGGUGCUGAGGCUCCAGUCUAUAAAUAGCAGGUUACAGCUCCUGCUCUGCGCGCACACUCUCACAAGCGAACGCAGGAAAGUCAGGCUAAAAGUGUCUGCUGCUGCUGCCGCCCCCCACUCCGCCUCCGGGAGAGAACCCAGGGAAAUGGUGUUACCUGGCAAGCAAUCUGCUGUCUUUUAUGAAAAAUCAGAUCAAGAGCUCUGAAGUCAGCAAAGCAAUUAUAGAAGAGCCAGAGCAAUUUGUGGAAUACAACAGCAAAGCAGAAUUUCGCAGGAUAUCGGGCCUUUAGUGUGAAGAUACAUCUAUAUUAAACCACGAAUCACUGGCAGUGACAUUUGGACGUGAAAAUUUAGAAGACUAAACAACUGUGAAGGUUGAUCAUGGAAAUCAAAGAGGAAGGAGCAUCAGAAGAAGGCCAGCACUUUCUUCCCACACCCCAGGCAAAUGAUACUGGGGACUUCCAGUUCACAAGUAUUCAGAAGACUCCAAAUGAACCACAGUUGGAAUUCAUCCUUGCAUGCAAGGAUCUUGUGGCUCCUGUCCGUGAUCGGAAGCUGAAUACACUGGUGCAGAUCUCAGUAAUCCACCCGGCGGAGCAGGGUCUGACAAGAUACUCAAGCACGGAAAUCGUGGAGGGAACAAGAGACCCACUGUUUUUGACUGGUGUCACAUUCCCAUCUGAGUAUCCCAUCUAUGAGGAGACCAAAAUAAAGCUAACAGUCUAUGAUGUCAAGGAUAAGUCUCAUGACACUGUUCGAACCAGUGUCCUACCUGAACAUAAGGAUCCCCUGCCAGAGGUUGGGAGAAGUUUCCUGGGCUAUGCCAGUUUUAAAGUGGGGGAGCUACUGAAGUCAAAGGAGCAGCUGCUGGCCCUGAGCCUGAGAACUUCAGAUGGUGGCAAAGUUGUUGGCACCAUAGAAGUCAGUGUCGUGAAGAUGGGGGAGAUUGAGGAUGGGGAAGCCGACCACAUCACGACAGAUGUGCAGGGACAAAAGUGUGCACUGGUGUGUGAAUGUACAGCCCCAGAAAGUGUGAACGGAAAAGAUAACUUACCUUUUUUGAAUGCAGUGUUAAAGAACCCAGUGUGUAAAUUAUAUAGAUUUCCUACAUCUGACAAUAAGUGGAUGCGAAUCCGGGAGCAGAUGUCAGAGAGCAUACUUUCUUUUCAUAUUCCUAAGGAAUUGAUUUCUCUUCACAUAAAAGAAGACUUGUGUAGAAACCAGGAGCUAAAGGAACUUGGUGAGCUUUCUCCGCACUGGGACAAUCUACGGAAAAAUGUCCUUACUCACUGUGAUCAAAUGGUGAAUAUGUACCAAGAUAUUCUGACAGAACUUAGCAAGGAAACAGGGUCCUCUUUCAAAUCAAGCAGCAGCAAAGGAGAGAAAACAUUAGAAUUUGUUCCAGUAAAUCUACAUUUGCAAAGAAUGCACGUCCACAGCCCUCACUUGAAAGAUGCUCUCUAUGAUGUCAUCACCGUGGGAGCCCCAGCUGCCCAUUUUCAGGGAUUUAAGAAUGGUGGUCUUCGGAAACUACUCCAUAGAUUUGAAAUGGAAAGAAGAAAUACUGGAUACCAGUUUAUUUACUAUUCACCUGAAAACACAGCCAAAGCAAAAGAAGUUCUCAGCAACAUCAAUCAACUACAACCUCUGAUAGCAACCCAUGCGGACCUCCUGCUUAAUUCUGCAAGCCAGCAUUCUCCAGACAGCCUGAAGAAUUCUUUAAAGAUGCUUUCAGAAAAAACAGAGCUUUUUGUACAUGCCUUCAAGGAUCAGUUGGUAAGAAGUGCUCUUUUAGCCCUCUACACUGCCAGGCCAGGAGGUGUCCUUAAGAAACCACCCUCUCCUAAGAACAGCACAGAGGAGAGCUGUCCCCAGGACCCACCCCCACCGAUGAGAAGGCAGGACUCCAUACCACAUCAUUCAGACUAUGAUGAGGAAGAGUGGGAUAGGGUGUGGGCCAAUGUGGGGAAGAGCCUGAACUGCAUUAUUGCCAUGGUGGAUAAACUGAUUGAAAGAGAUGGUGGCAGUGAAGGCGGUGGCGAUGGCAACAAAGAUGAAGAAGAGGACCCUUCUCUAGUGGACUCCGUCAUAACUCAUCCAAGGGAGGACUGGUAUGAACAGUUGUAUCCCCUCAUCCUUACCCUGAAGGACUGCAUGGGAGAAGUGGUGAACCGAGCCAAGCAGUCCUUGACGUUCGUGCUCCUUCAGGAACUUGCAUACAGCUUGCCCCAGUGUUUGAUGCUGACUCUGAGAAGGGACAUCGUCUUCAGCCAAGCGCUUGCUGGAUUGGUUUGUGGUUUUAUCAUCAAAUUACAUACAAGUUUGCAUGACCCUGGCUUCCUGCAGCAGCUUCACACAGUGGGGUUGAUAGUGCAAUAUGAAGGACUGCUAAGUACAUAUAGUGAUGAAAUCGGAAUGCUAGAGGACAUGGCUGUUGGCAUUUCAGAUUUGAAGAAAGUUGCAUUUAAAAUAAUUGAAGCCAAGUCCAAUGAUGUCUUGCCAGUUAUAACAGGAAGGCGUGAACAUUACGUGGUAGAGGUGAAGCUUCCAGCGAGAAUGUUUGAGGCCCUGCCCCUGCAGAUUAAAGAAGGGCAAUUGCUUCAUGUGUAUCCAGUACUUUUUAAUGUUGGAAUCAAUGAGCAACAAACUCUUGCUGAGAGGUUUGGAGAUGUCUCCUUGCAGGAAAGUAUUAAUCAGGAAAAUUUUGAACUUCUAAAAGAAUAUUACACAAUAUUUAUGGAAAAGAUGCCUCCUGAUUAUAUUUCACAUUUUCAAGAACAAAAUGAUUUAAAAGGAUUACUAGAAAAUCUCCAUCAAAAUAUCCAAGCCAAAAAAAGAAAGAAUGUAGAAAUCAUGUGGCUGGCUGCAACGAUUUGUCGCAAACUAAAUGGUAUUCGUUUCACCUGUUGCAAAAGUGCCAAAGACAGGACGUCCAUGUCGGUGACUCUUGAGCAGUGCUCAAUCUUGAGAGAUGAGCACCAGCUGCACAAGGACUUCUUUAUCCGAGCCCUGGAUUGUAUGAGAAGAGAAGGAUGCCGCAUAGAGAAUGUUCUGAAGAAUAUCAAAUGCAGAAAGUAUGCUUUCAACAUGCUACAGCUGCUGGCUUUCCCCAAGUACUACCGACCUCCAGAGGGGACUUAUGGAAAAGCUGACACCUAACUUUACCAACAUGUAAAUAACCAGGAACACAAUUACGCUUCAGUCGGAUAAUCUCCACCUUUCUAAACUGUUUUAUUGUCACGAGUUUGUGGAGGGAGCUGAUCAGGGAUGUUUGCCCAAAUCUAGGAAUUACUCGAAUUAGGUCUUAGCAUAUUAGUCUGAAAGAAAUCCAUUAAAAAAUCUCCAGGAACAUUGUGAUUCUAGUUCUCGCUUCUACGCGGUGCCCCUCGCAGGCUGAGGUCAGCUCAGAAUGUGUACAUUUCAUUCACAGUGUCCCUUAGUGGAAGGCACUGAUUCUGAGGAAACAUAGGUUGCUGCAGGAGGAGUACAGGUGACUCAUAGAGGGGCGCUUGACCUCCAGAAUGAACACAGGAGAGUGUAAAGGAGAGAGGGACUCAGACACGGUAUUUCACAGCCUUUCUCACGAGUAACCUUAGAGCCCAUUUGUGGUAUUUGGAAAAUAUCUUUCCAGGGAAUUAAAAUUCGGUAGCAUCAAUGCAUGAUGUUGACGGCAGAAGCAGGUUGCUAGUGUGCUUUUUAAAGACUGUGGUCCUCCAGGCGAGACAUAACCAGUCCUCCGGAACAGGUAGAUGACAGUGUUAGCAACUCAGUGGAGAUACUUUUCAAUAACUUGGUAUCUUUUCUAAACUCUGACACAGGUUGUAUGGUGAUAAAGUUGUAUAGUAGAAAAAUACCAUGAGGAACUAAAACUGCAAGAAAACGAAAGCUGAUCACCCUGCUGAUGUUAAACAUGAAAAUCCCCAUCAGCCUGAACUUUGUGUAGCCAAGUUCAAAAAAGUCCAAAAAAUAUCUUCGUGAUGUUUUCCAAUAGUCAUCUUGCUACAGAAUAUAGACGAUGGAAUCUGUGUUGUCUGGCAUAGAUUACUACGUGUGAAUAAACAUUUUAAGACAUAUGCAACCAUAGCUAAUGAUAAACCAAAAUAAUUAUUUCUGUUGACUUCAAUUUCCAAAUCACACCAGCAUAGGUUUUCCAAUAUUCCAAAUUAGAAAUUGCUGUAGAGAUUAUCUUGUAUAAUGUCAUUAUAAAUGGGUAAAUUAAAGCACGAGGAAGAUAUGCCCCCAAUAAUCCAGCUAGAUAAUUUUAGAACCAUGAUUAUAAUCUCUUCUUACCUUCCUAGCCUGUGCCAUGCUAAAAAUGCAUGAAAAUUAUGGGAGAAUGCUAGUUAGUUAAAUAAAAAUUGUCAUUUAUUGCUGGAAUUAAACCUUAGAGUACAACAGUCUGAAAAAAUGAAACCUAUUUUCUCCAGAUGUUGAGUUUAUUCUUUCUCCUCACUCAUUGGAAGAGUAUGACAUCCAGAGCAUAAAUCUACCCUUUGGAUAUGCCAGAGGCUCGUUACAUAGAUGUCUCUUGGCUGUGACCACAUUCAGUGGAUAAUAUUAUGGGGCUUUCCAUAGCUAGUGUGACAGCUUCUUGGCUAAGAUAUCUGUUGACUAAGGACUCCAAACAGAUCUCUAGGCUCAUGUAGGGUUUUCAGAUUACUACAAAUUUUAGAUAACUGUUUUGGGCUUUGAAUACUAGAAUUAUCAAUCCAUAUUUUAGCUAAUGAUUUGCGGGCAUUAUAUUUGAGACCAUUGACAAACAAUUCAUAGCCUUCUUAAUAAAAAGUGGCUGUAUACUAUAGAUCUAUUCACAAAGUUUUCGGUGUUCUGCCUUAUAUUUCAUUCUCCCUUUCAAUGAUUAGAUAUAACUUUUGAAUUGUUCAGUUUAAUUUAAAAAUGGUAGGAUUUGGUGUUAUUUUCAUUAUCCCAUUGGAUUUAAGGUAAAGAGGUUGGGAUGACAGAGGUUUCCUCGAAUAACAAUGAAGCCUCAUUCAGUAUGUCACAGUGGUCUGGGUUCCAAAAGACCUUAAGUGAAAAUGUAUCAUCUUAUAAACAGUAUAAUUUUUGUCUGUAUUUUUAAAAAUGAAAACUCUUGACUCAAA